AUGGCUUCCGCAGCCGAACGGACGCAAUCGCUCUUCAAGGGUCAAGGACUAAGUCAUCAUGUGACCAGAACCACUUGCGGGUCUGAAGUUCACAGUUACAUCUCAGACCUAGGACCUGAGACUACUAUCUUGACUUUGAUCCAUGGCUAUCCCCAAUCUGCAUAUGAGCACCAUGAAUUUGACUCGAGUGUUGAUCUGAAUCUAGAUAUCGAUAUAAUCCGCAACGUUUGGGAGGUCCUUGGUCAAGGACAAGAGGCCAGAAACCCUGCUCUGAUGUUAGAAGUUGUGGCACUUGUCCCAGCACUGAAAGACAAGAUCAGUCUUUUCGUACCUGAACUUCCUGGAUAUGGCAUCUCGACGCCCAUCAAAUCAUCGGACCCAAUCCCCGCCAACUCCAAGCGUUCCGUAGGAAAUGCUCUGCUGGAAGCCCUAAGCGCGGUCUUUUCCACCAAGUCAUCCUCUUCCCCGCGGAAGAUCAUCAUCGGUGGUCACGACCGCGGUGCCCGGAUCUCGCACCGGCUAGCGGUCGAUUUCUCCCAUCCGCCAGCCGCCUCAGCCUUGGGUGCCACUCCAGAGACAGCCAACAUCUUUCACACCCUCAACUUGACAGUACUUGGGACAGUCCUAAUGGACAUCAUACCGACCUCGGUCCAGUGGGCGAAAUUCUCCGAUCCAGUCAUUUGCCAGGGCUAUUUCCACUGGCCGAUGCUCGCCAAUGCGGAAUUGGCUGCCACCCUCAUCGACUCCCUCGGGGGCUCUGAAUGGGCUCGCUCGGCCCAUACUCGCAUUUCGGGCCCGAAUCCCAAAUCCAUCGAUCGCAUCUCUGCUGAUGGUGGACUGGAUAUCUACGGGGACAAUUUCGCCACAAAGGAAGUCCUUUACUACACGGCGCUUGACUACGCCGCAGGUGCCGCUCCUGAAGUGACAGAACAGGAUGGAGAUCAACAAGCAGGGAGGAAAGUCGGUGUACCGAUUUUAGUAAUGUUCAGCAAAGCCAAGUUAGGAGCCAGGACGGAUGUCGCAGGGGAGUGGAAGGCAUGGGUGCAACCAGGUGUAGACUAUGAAGGAGUCGGGGUUGGAGACGGCUUCGGCCAUUACCUUCCUGAGGAGGCUCAUGAGACUGUGCUCGAAAACGUGUUUAAAUUCAUCAAGAAGGUCACUUAG